UUUCAUCCCAUAAAAGCAAGUCCCGUGUUUUUGUAUGUCAGACCCAAACUUCCCGUAUUUUUGUCAUUUCCCCAAAAUCUCUAAAACCCCUCUCAAUCGACCAUGAGGCCGAUCUAUGAAGAUCAUCCAUUUCCGUUUCUGCUACAGAUCUCGCCAUAACAAUAAAGUUCAGAGCAAAGAUCAGCUUUCCGAAUUGAGGCCGCAUCACCGCUCCACCUGCCGCACCGUCUCGAGAAAAGGAAUCAUCAACAUUAAGCUUUAACCAAACCGAACAUGCAAAAAGAUAAUGAAAAAGUUAACACCAUUGGUCACUGGUUCAUUUUUGUGAAGUGAUUAAGGAGUUGGGAUUAUUAUCAACUUAUCCCAUAAUUGCAGAGGAUGGGAGGAGUAAAGGGAGUUGUGUUAGACGCCUCUAUACUGCUGGGUGUCUCCGUGGGCGGCGGCCACAGUGGAUCACCCACUUCUCUUCUUCCGGGAGCAGAAUAUCUGCUUCGUGGGUUGCGGCACUCCAAAGUUCCCGCUGGAAUAUCUUAUGAAGAAGGCCUAUCCACAGCUGAGGUGAACCUUCUUCAAGAUAAAGUGAAAUUAUAUUCCUUUGAUUCUUUCUUCUUGAGAUCCGGCAAAGCUGCUGACUUGGUGCAUGAGGUUUCUAUGGCGUGGGGUGACAAAGAAGGAAGUUUUAUGUACAUAGUUUCUGAUUAUAAAAAGGACCCCUUUCUAGGACUGGAUAGUACUAAAUGGAUAACGGUCAUUCUUCGACAUCCUGGCCAAGAAUCAAAAGAUGAUAUCAUAUUUGCUAGUACAAGCAAAAUUCCACGCACAAUUUUUAUUAACAAAGUUGAAGAGGUUCCCUUCAUCAUCUGCCUUUUCAACAAAAAGUCAAUGGGAAAGGAUGUUCUGAUAGUUGGUUAUUUGAUGAAGCCUUCACGUGGAGAAGAUUUUGCCAAGAGAGGUGCAUUCCCCUGGAAUCCUACACAGAACGGGUUGAUUUUCGUGCCCAUUACUUAUGAGCUACCCAUAUCAUCUCAAGUUGAAAACAUUGAUGGGCUUCUCCUUAAAGCAACUGAUGAGAUUGUAUCAGCAGAAAUGAACAGUUCUUCAGAAUUUACAAAUAGAAUAUUGUUCACAAAGGGCAUGCAAGAAUUGCUAAGGUGGACUGAACAAAUUAACUGCCCCGUGAUUGAUCCAUGUAGUAACAUAUACUCUAUAUUGGAUCGGCUGAAAAUCCAACAACUUCUUCUUGGUCUGGAAAACCUUAAUUCAGAAGGCCAAUCAAAAAUCAGGGGUCCCCAUUUUCUCAAGUUAAGUUGCUUUGGUGAGUCCCAGUUGGAAAAGAGAUUAGUGGAGGCUAAGUUGAGCCUUCCAACUAUUGUUAAACCUCAAGUUGCUUGUGGUGUGGCAGAUGCUCAUCAUAUGGCCAUUGUAUUUAAAGUAGAUGACUUCAAAGACCUCAAUAUUCCUCUUCCAGUUGUUGUGCAGGAAUAUGUGGAUCAUUCAUCUACUUUGUAUAAAUUCUAUGUUGUGGGGAAGAAGGUUUUUUAUGCAAUUAAGAAGUCUACACCUAAUGGAGACACCUUGAUGAAACUAUCUGAGGGAAAUGAGUUAAAGCCAUUGUUGUUUGACAGCUUACAAUCUCUGCCUAUGGAUAAAGAGAACACACAAUCUGGAGAUAUCAAGUCUAAGAGUUGUGGUACUAAUAAAGUUAUCAAUCUUCAACUUGUGACCGAUGCUGCUAAUUGGCUCCGGAGUACGUUAGACCUCACAAUCUUAGGCUUUGAUGUCGUGAUUCAGGAUGGCACAGGUGACCACGUCAUCGUGGAUGUAAACUACCUGCCUUCUUUCAAAGAAGUCCCUGACGAUAUAGCCAUGCCUGCAUUUUGGGAAGCAAUAAGGGAUAAGCUUGACCAGGCCAAAACUAUGGCUACCUAGUCCGCUUGUCUGCCAUAUGGACACUGAUUUAUGUACUCGGUCAUUUGGCUGCACAUCUAUACUAGUGCUGUGUUUCUUUCAAUGGCUCUUUUGGUCCAUUCCGCAACAAUGUGUAGUUCCAAAUCUGCAUGUGAAGCAUAGAGUAACUAGGCAUGGACUCGGUUCGGGCCGGGCCCGGUUCGGGCCUUGAACCGGCCGGGCCUCGGUUCACGGUUUGGGAGGCCCGGAACCGGCCCGGGUAACCCCGGGUCCGGUUCGGGCCGGGUGGCCCGCCCGGUUCACGGGCCGGGCCCGGUUCGGGUCGGUCCUUUUCAUUUUUUUUUUAUAUUCUAUACUAUAUAAUUAUAAUAAUUGUUAUGAAAAACAAAAUUCAAGUGCAUUUAUUUGAAAUAGGAAGUACAUUUGAGAAUUGAGGAAAAAAUAACAAUAUGAAAUACAUUUUCGAAUAAAUAGGAAGUACAUUUGAGAAAAGUGAUUUGAUUUAGAAAAGUGUAAGGAAAGUGAUAUGAUUUAGAAAAUUAUACAUAUUGUGUAAGGAAAAUGUUUUUAAUUUUUUAAUUAAGUAAAACUAUUUUUACUUAGAAAAGUGAUUUGAUUUAUAAUUUACAAAUGUUACAAAAUAGGUGUAUAAGUUGUAACUUGUAAGUUUGUAACAAAUUAAUUAAUUUACAUAUUAAUAUUACAUAUUUUAAUUUAAAAACAGCCUUUAGAUUUUACAAAAAUAAUUUCAAGUUGUAAGUUAUAAGUUUGUAAAAUUGUAACCAAU